AUGCUUCCCAAAAGUUCAUCCGAAGAACUGAAGCUAAAUAAAGGAACUAUAUUGAAAGCUUCGUGUGACUAUAUCCGGCAACUGCAAAAAGAUCGUGAAUUGAUGUUGCGGCAACAGCAAUACCAAGCAAGGUUGGAACAGGCAGCACGGAUGUACGCUGAACGGGUUAAAGAGCUUGAAAAUCAUUUGCAAAAAAAUGGCAUUGCUAUACCACCAGCUUCGGUAAGUUUGCCACCGAUACCACUAUCAUCAUUUUCAAGCGAUGUACGAUCAAUAAAACAAGAGCCAUUCGAUGAAAUUCCUCCUUCACCCUCUCAUACGCCGUCUAAUUGUAUUAACUCUACUGGAUUUGUGUCACAGUUAACUGAUACAACAGCUGCCAUUUCAAUCAAUAGUCCAGUAUCCACUCUGAAUAACCGUCAAGAUGGUGGUUCAUUUUUGAGUGCAACAGAUAAUCCAUAUUCUACAAAUACCUUUACUCAGUCAAAUACACCGUCACUGAAUUCGCAACAACAGGGAUUUCCAGAUCUUAUUAUGGAUGAUCUGAAUGCAAUGCGUUCUAUUUUACUAGCAGCUGGAACUGGGCCAUCACCAUCAACUAAUUUGAAUAAUCAAUUGUCACCCGACAUACUAUGGGAUCACACCAAUUUUUCGCCGGAUAAUCAGCACAGUCAAACAGCUACAGCCAAUACCUAUCAUCAGCAAGCCAAUAUGGAUUUCACUUGA